AUGGCUAGUGACACAAGAAGCAACGGCAACUUCAUAGGGUACGCGAACAUGCUGCACAGCAAAGGGCUGCUGCGGCGGGUGGUGGUGGACAAGUGUCAUCUCAUCUUCACGUCGAGCGACUGGCGACCGAAGCUGGCAGAGUUAAAGAACUUGCGGCUGCUGCCGUGCCCGAUCGUGCUGCUCACAGCGACGCUUCCGCCGGUGCGGGAGGGUGAGCUAGCAACAAGCAUGCUAAUUCCGUGCGCAAUGUACAUCUGGGCAAGCACCGUACGGCCGAACACGCAGUACUACGUGUUGUGGUGCAAGCGUGGCAAGGCGUUAGAGACGGCGGUGGCGAUGUGUCGACAGCAGCAGCAGCUACUGCUUAGCAGAGGCUGGAAGGGCGUGGUGUACUGUCGCAGCAAGCAGCAGUGCGAAGAGCUAGCCGAGGUGCUGGGGUGCGGGUGCUAUCACGCCAACGUGCCCAACUGUGAGGACCAAGUGAAGCAGUGGUUGAUAGAAGGAGGGCUGAUGACAGCGACAUCAGCGCUAGGUACAGGGGUAGACUUCCCUAGCCAAGAUAAGGGCGCGGGGAGGACACCAAACCGCAGCAAAAGAGGCUUAGCGUUAGGGUUUGACCCCUUUUAA